GCCGUGCCCAGCUCUGCCCCCCGCGUCCGUGCCCCCGCGGGGAGCGCGCCGGGGCUGCCCCCCGAAUGACGGGCGGAAGGUUCGACUUCGACGAUGGCGGCACCUACUGCGGCGGCUGGGAGGAGGGCAAGGCGCACGGGCAUGGCAUCUGCACGGGGCCCAAGGGCCAGGGCGAGUACUCGGGCUCCUGGUCGCACGGCUUCGAGGUGGUCGGAGGCUACACCUGGCCCAGCGGCAACACCUACCAGGGCUACUGGGCGCAGGGCAAGCGGCACGGGCUGGGGGUGGAGACGAAGGGCAAGUGGAUGUACCGGGGGGAGUGGUCACAUGGUUUCAAGGGGCGCUACGGGGUCCGGCAGAGCCUGUGCACCCCGGCUCGCUACGAGGGGACCUGGAGUAACGGGCUGCAGGACGGGUACGGCGUGGAGACCUACGGGGACGGAGGUACCUACCAGGGACAAUGGGCUGGAGGCAUGCGGCACGGCUAUGGUGUGCGCCAGAGCGUGCCCUAUGGCAUGGCCACGGUGAUCCGCUCGCCACUGCGCACCUCGCUGGCCUCGCUGCGCAGCGAACAGAGCAAUGGCAGCGUGCUCCACGACGCCGCUGCCGCUGCCGACAGCCCCGCAGGCACCCGGGGGGGCUUCGUGCUCAACUUCCAUGCUGACGCUGAGCUGGGCAAGAAGAAGGGAGGCCUCUUCCGAAGGGGCUCCCUCCUCGGAAGCAUGAAACUUCGCAAAUCCGAGUCCAAGUCUUCCAUCUCCAGCAAGCGCAGCUCGGUUCGCAGCGACGCGGCCAUGAGCAGAAUUAGUUCCAGCGAUGCCAACUCCACCAUCAGCUUCGGCGACGUGGACUGUGAUUUUUGCCCAGUGGAAGACCACGUGGACGCCACCACCACGGAGACCUACAUGGGGGAGUGGAAGAACGACAAGCGCAAUGGUUUCGGCAUCAGCGAGCGCUCCAACGGCAUGAAGUACGAGGGCGAGUGGGCCAACAACAAGAGGCAUGGAUAUGGCUGCACCGUGUUUCCUGAUGGCUCCAAAGAAGAGGGGAAAUACAAAAAUAAUAUUCUGGUUCGCGGAAUAAGGAAGCAGCUUAUACCCAUAAGAAAUACAAAAACUAGGGAGAAAGUGGACAGAGCAAUUGAAGGCGCGCAAAGGGCAGCUGCCAUGGCCAGAACCAAAGUGGAAAUAGCAAAUUCAAGGACUGCACACGCCAGAGCAAAAGCUGACGCUGCUGACCAGGCUGCAGUGGCCGCCCGCCAGGAAUGUGACAUCGCGAGAGCUGUGGCCAGGGAGCUGUCGCCUGAUUUCUACCAACCAGGUCCUGAUUACAUCAAACAGAGAUAUCAAGAGGGUGUCGACGCUAAAGAAAAUCCAGAAGAAAAGGUACCAGAAAAGCCACCCACACCAAAGGAAUCGCCUCAUUUUUACCGCAAAGGCACGACACCCCCCAGAUCUCCUGAGGCCAGUCCAAAACAGAGCCACUCUCCCCAGCCCUCCUCCCCAAAGCCCUCCAAGAAGCAAAACCCCAGCUCAGGGGCAAGACUCAAUCAAGAUAGAAGGAGUGUGGAUGAGCAGGUGACAGCCAUUGUCAAUAAACCCUUGAUGUCGAAGGCCCCCUCAAAGGAGGCGGGAGCAAUGGUGUCCAAAUACUCUGGCCGCCACCAUGUCCCCAACCCCAGUAACGGGGAGCUGCAUUCUCAGUAUCACGGCUACUAUGUGAAAUUGAAUGCCCCCCAACACCACGCAGAAGAGGAAAAUGAUGAUGGAACAAGCCAGUCUUCCUCAGCACUGGUACACAAGCCGUCACCUAACAAGUGGAGUCCCCCUAAGUCUGUGACAAAAGCAGUUGCCAAAGAAAGCAAAGCUGAGCCAAAAGCAAAGAAGUCUGAACUUGCUAUACCAAAGAAUCCAGCAAGCAACGAUCCGUGCCCUCCUUUGGAAAAAGAAGCCAAUUCAGGCCCUAAUUCAGUCAUGAUUGUUCUUGUCAUGCUGCUGAAUAUCGGGUUGGCCAUUCUUUUUGUGCACUUUCUAACUUGAUCGGAAUCAGGAAAAAGCAGCCCCAUCCAGCGAAGUUCUUGGCAUCAGCUACUCCAUCUGUCCCAGCAGAGUGUGACUAAACUGGAAAUGUAUGGAGCUGCAAUUUUUUUUUUUGAUGGAAGUCAACAGCUGCCUUACUAUUUUACCAUCUGACGUUUUUAGUAGGGAGCUGGGGAAACGGCUGCCCAAGGAAUGCGGUCAGAAGAUUGUGUUGCUGUGGACUUGGUUCCAACACUCACUCCUAUCUCAUUAGAAGAACUAGGUAGCAGCAUCACUCACCAGUCUUAUGCCAUGACCUGCUGCUUUAACAUCCCCUGGAAUGUUCCGGGAGAGAAAGUUUCAUUUGCUUGUGCACGACUCUGCUCAUUUUUGCUGUUUAUUUAAAUAUGAUGGAUACUCAUCUAUCACCUGCAGUCCUGGCUGGACAAAACACACAGGUUGCAUCUCAAGGAAAAGAAACAACAAAAUGCUAGUGGAAAUGUGUUUGUUUUCAUAGCAAUACAUCCUUUUCCCAUGUCAUUUAUUCUUCCUCAACCUAAAAUAAAAGAGGUAUCUUUAAAAUUUAGCAAGCUGAAGGUAAUUUUAUAUAUUUUAACAUAACUGAGAUGGAUUUUUAUGCACUGAGGAGAUGCUAAAAUUUAAAGGCUGAAAGACACCAGAAUUCUAAGAAUGAUAGUCAAAAUGUUGCAUGGAUUGCAGUAAUCAGUGUUUAAAGGAUUCAGUUUCAUUGCUGACGUACUUUACAACCAAAUAAAAUCUUGUCAGUAGCUAUGUUAAUUCCCAUGAAAGUUAAGCAAGAUGCUAUUAAUAACUGCUCUUUUUUGUUUUCAUUGCUGUUCCCAACUUAAAUUUUUGUUCAGCACUUACAGGUAGCACAUAAGGCUUUGUUAAAAUCACUGCUCCUCAAUUUUCUGCCUUCUGUGUUUUUCAAAGUCCUUUUAUAAUUUCAUUUGGAACUUUAAAAUCUUUAGACAUUUUUAUUUUAAAUAUAUUUGUCUUUUGCAAUCCUUUGUUGUUCUGACAUAUUCUGAUUUUUUGCUGUUUUAUAGUUUAUCCUUUAUUACUCAGAAGCAUGCUUACUUAGGAGAAACUAAAUGGUCAUUAUAAAAGUAAUCAUUUAAAAUGAAAUCAGGGAGGAAAAGUAUUUGUUAAGUCUCUUUAAGACAUUACAUUGUGGAGGGGGAGAUUUUCCUAACGAUUUCAUGAUUUGCAUGGUUUAACCAAGAUUCUUUUUACCUUGUUAAGUAUGUUAUCUUUUAAUGCAGUAGGGACAGCUCACUGAAUUCCCAUGGCCGCACAGCCGUACACUGUGUGCCUUCUUACUCGCACAGUAGAAACUCGGUGGCAUUUUUUGCAGAAGUACAAUAUGUUUGAGAAUCCUGGGUAUGACCAAUAUGGAAAAAAAGCAGAAGGCAGAAAGAGAGCAAGUGAAGAAUCGCAACUUGUAUAUUUAUUUUUUACAUUUUGCUUUGACUUUUCAGUUUAGGAAGUACGUUUUUAACCCAAGAACAAACUUAAGUUCCCCAGUCAGUCUCCUCACUCUCUCACUGCUCCUUCCUGACCCCGUAGCUCCUUAUCGCUGGGAAAGUUGAAUUUUUUUAAGAAAAUAAAAUAUUUAAUCUAUUAAGUUUAUUUAAAACGUUGUAAUGCCUUGGAAAUAAUGGGUAACAGAUAACUAAAGGAUAUGUUUAUAAAGUGAGCAUGUUGGUUCCAUUUAUAAAUAUAUGUAUGAUUUAUAAGCUUUUUUAAAACAAAGCUCAAAUUGUUGGUAUUUUUCUAAACUGUGCACAGCUGUAUUUUACAUGAAGGCUCUUUCUAAUGGGUUGUUAUACUGUACUCUACAUUUUGGACAGCACAUGAAGUCUGCCAAUGUACUUAAUAAAAACAUGACUUUGUUUAUUUAAAGUUUCUUGCUGUGAAAAAGAACUCCCUACCUGUGAGUUCCUUUAUUUAUAA